GGCUUCUUUAGAAUAAAACCCUCGGAGAAGCCUCCCGUCCUCACGCAGCCUCCUGCAGCAGCACAUAGGGUUCCAUCUCAACUCUCUCUGCAACUAAUGGGUCCCAAAAAAGGUGGGAAGGCUGCAGUGCCAGCAAAGAAAAAGACUGAAAAGGUUGUGAACCCCUUGUUUGAGAAGCGUCCAAAGCAGUUUGGGAUAGGUGGUGCAUUACCACCAAAGAAGGACCUGACUAGAUUUGUCAAAUGGCCCCAUGUGGUCCGUAUCCAGAGGAAAAGGAGGAUUUUGAGGCAACGGUUGAAGGUUCCUCCUGCUUUGAACCAGUUUACUAAAACCCUUGACAAGAACCUUGCUACAAAUCUUUUUAAGAUGUUGCUCAAAUAUAGACCUGAGGACAAGGCUGCCAAGAAGGAAAGACUUCUAAAAAGAGCACAAGCUGAAGCAGAGGGGAAAACUGCAGAGUCAAAGAAACCCAUUGUUGUCAAAUAUGGGCUUAAUCACAUUACCUACCUCAUUGAGCAGAACAAGGCUCAGUUGGUGGUAAUUGCACAUGAUGUUGAUCCAAUUGAGCUUGUUGUUUGGCUACCAGCUUUGUGCCGGAAAAUGGAGGUCCCUUACGCAAUUGUGAAGGGCAAGUCUCGUCUUGGAGCGAUUGUUCACAAGAAAACAGCCACGGCUUUGUGUCUUACAUCAGUGAAGAAUGAGGAUAAGUUGGAAUUCAGCAAGAUUGUUGAGGCUGUUAAGGCCAACUUCAACGACAAGUAUGAUGAAUACCGCAAGAGAUGGGGAGGUGGCAUCAUGGGAUCCAAAUCUCAGGCUAAGACAAAAGCCAAGGAGAAACUCAUAGCCAAGGAGGCUGCACAAAGAAUGUCUUAAGUGUUUCAACGCAUAGUAGAAGGAGAAGCGCAUAAUAUAACAGAACUCUUCUACAAAAGUUUCUUGCAUAUCAGCCAUCAUUUUGCUUGUCGACUAGGCUAAGUUUUGUAUUUGGUCAUCUAGCUGAGAUACUAGUAUUCUAUUUGAGUUCUUGAGUUAUCCUUUGGUAGGAGAAAAUUAAAACAACUUCUGCUUUUUGGAGAACUGAUCUGCUGACUUGAGAAGUGAUGCUUUGUUUUAUUCACCCCUAUGAUUUGCUGUUGCCGUUGAAA